GCCAACUUCAAAAUUUUGAUACUAAGACUUUCUUCUUCUUCUUGUUGAGAGAAUGGUAAAGCCGUGUUGGAAACCAUCUGUAGAGGGUGAUUGUUUGUUGUGGUACAAGGAUUUGGGGCACCAUGUUCAUGGGGAGUUCUCAAUGGCUACAAUUCAAGCCAAUAGCUUGAUGGAGGAUCAAAGCCAACUCGAGUCUGGACCAUUGAGUUGGACAGACUCAGGUCCUCAGGGGACCUUCGUUGGGGUGUAUGAUGGACAUGGAGGAACUGAGGCUUCACGUUUUGUCAAUGACAAACUUUUUUGCAAUCUUAAAAGAUAUGCAACUGAACAUCAGGGCAUAUCGGAAAAUGUCAUCGAAAAGGCUUUCUCAGCAACUGAAGAAAGCUUUCUCUCCCUUGUUAAGAAGCAAUGGCUUAGUAAGCCACAGAUUGCUUCUGCUGGAUCAUGUUGCUUGGUGGGAAUAAUAUGCAAUGGACUUUUACAUAUUGCAAAUGUUGGAGAUUCUCGGGUGGUUUUAGGCCGAGCAGAAAGAGGCACUAGGGAAGUCACAGCUAUUCAACUAUCCACAGAGCACAAUGCAAAUAUGGAAUCAGUGAGGGAGGAACUUCGGUCAAUGCAUCCCCAUGAUUCACAGAUUGUGGUGUUGAAGCACAAAAUUUGGCGUGUGAAAGGCCUCAUACAGGUUUCAAGAUCCAUUGGUGAUGCAUAUUUGAAGAAUGCAGAGUUCAACACAGAGCCUCUCCUCCCUAGAUUUAGGCUGCCCGAACCUUUCCUCAAACCGGUCCUUAGUUCAGAGCCAUCGAUUUCAGUACACAAACUGCACCCUGAUGAUCAAUUUCUCAUAUUUGCUUCUGAUGGUCUAUGGGAGCAUCUCAGUAACCAGGAGGCUGUCAACAUUGUUGUUAAUUACCCACGUUAUGGAAUUGCCAGGAGGCUUGUCAAAGCUGCACUUCAAGAAGCAGCUAAGAAAAGAGAAAUGAGGUACUCAGACCUGAAAACAAUUGAUAGAGGCGUGCGGAGACAUUUUCAUGAUGAUAUCACAGUUAUUGUUGUGUUUAUAGAUCCUCAUUCAAUCCAUGGCAAUCCACUCCACAGCUCUCCCCUUUCAAUUAGUGGAGGUGGAGGGGUGCCUGCCACUGCCAACUCCUAGUCCAGUGGACCUCUUGCAAGGAAAAUUUGUGACAACCAGCUUCAAUUUUUAGAUAAAAAUAGAAUGCAGAGUCUUUUAAUUGUUUUUGGCCAAAAUAAUCCUUUUAUUUUAGGCUACUCAAAUAGCAGCAAGCCUUCCCAUAUAGGUAAAAGAUUUGUUGGGAAGAACAGUUGGUCUGAAAUCUCUUACUGGCACAUAGACCAUGAGGUUUCCGAAGUGGAGUUCUGGUGUGCUAUGAGAAUUCCCACCUACUUUGCUGGAAUAUUAGGAGAAUUGAUGCAGUGUGUACAAAUAUUUUACCUACAUGUCUUCAAUGCA